AUGACCCGCCUCACGACCCUCCUCACCGCGCUGCUGCUCGCCAGCGCGACGGCGGUAAGCGCCGCGCCAACGCCCAACGCCCUCGCGCUCGCCAACGCAGUCGCGCCCAACCCCGCCGCGCCGUUCGGCGUGCUGCGCAAGAAGCGCGAGGUCAAGCGCCACCACGACGGCGGGAAGAAGAAGCCCAAGAAGUGUCCGCCGAAGACUGGCCAGCCGACGGCCGAGCCCACCGCCCAGCCCACCGCCGAGCCCUCGACCACCUCGUCAUCGCACCACUGCACCAAGUCGGGCAACUGCCACCACCACAACAGCACGUCGGUCCCCAGCCCGACAGGCAACACCACCUCGGCGUUGCCCAGCGCCACGGUGACGGGCAACACGACUUCGCUGCCCUCGGCUACGGGUAACGCGACCGCCUCGAGCCUGCCGACCAACAUCACGAGCCAGGUCCCCACCUCGUCAGUAACCAACAGCUCGGCGCUGCCUUCCUCCACCGGCAACACGACUGCGCUCCCCACCUCGACCAACAUCACCAGCGUGCUCCCGACUUCGACGAACAGCUCCGCAAUCCCCACCUCCACGGGCAACACGACCGCACUCCCCACCUCGACCGGCAACACGACCGCGCUCCCCACCUCGAGCACCACUGGCAACACCACCGCUCUGCCUACCCAGUCUACCAACACCACCUCGAGCGAGCUGCCUUCGUCGACAGGUAACACCACCGCGCUCCCCACUUCCACCGCGACCGAAUCGAGCUCCGCCGCCUCGAGCACCGAGUCGUCCUCCACUGCGUCCAGCACCGAGUCGACCUCCACUGCGUUCAACACCGAGUCAAGCUCCACUGCUGCCCCGACGGAGUCGGCCUCCACUGCAUCGAGCACCGAGUCGAGCGCCGCUGCCUCCAGCACCGAGUCGUCCUCCUCGGCCUCCAGCACCGAGUCGAGCUCCACCUCCUCGAGCAGUGCCGAGUCGACCACCGCGCCGAGUACUACCGCGUCGACCACGGGCACCACCACCGCGCCGAGCACCAGCACCACCUCGUCCGGCACCACUUCGUCCACUGCCCAGUCCAGCUCCGCCACGUCGUCCGAAUCCACCUCGUCUGCCGCAUCGACCUCGACGCCCACCGAGGGCGCGCCCGUGACCGGCCGCCGCUAA